UUUCCCAUCAUUCACAUUUCGUUUCUCUUUAGACAAACAAUGGAUGCCGAAGAGGAAAGAGAGAAGAAAAGAGUCAUCCUUGCAGAUGAUCCUUCCAACAGAGCGAUGGUCCAGAGAGAUCUUCAUCUUCUCCCACGGGAGAUUCUGGUCGAAAUCCUAUCAAGACUCCCGAUCACCUCUCUGAUCCACUUCAAGACCACUUCCCAUGCCGGCUAUGAUUUAAUUGCCGAUCCAAGACUCCCUCCGAGGUUCCGCAACCGGGUAAGCGACUCAAACCCAUAUCUGAUUCUGUUCGGGAAGGAUUCCACUGCCAUCCAGGGACUCUAUUUUGUGGAUAGUGAGGGUUGUAGUAGAAGGGUUAGGAAAAUGGACCCACCACAGCAUUCAGAAGUUUCUAAUCUGGUGGGUUCUUGCAACGGGCUUUUAUGCGUAUCCUAUCCCACAAUCCCCUAUCCCACAUUUAGUGCUUCAGAUGCGACUGACGGUCUGCUAAUUUACAAUCCUUUUGUUGGAGACGCUGUGAGAGUCCAACCAGCGGACAACCCAUUUUUGGCUCUAGUUGAAGUCUUUGGAUUUGGGUUCCAUCCGAGGACAGAAGAAUUCAAAGUGGUCAGGAUUGUGUCCUAUCAGAAGUUCAUAAUGGUAGCAGACCUGGCGCUAGUGGGAGAAUUUGAUGAAGUAUUCGACACCGUUAAUGAAGCAAUGGUUCAGGUGUUUACCGUAGGAACAACAGAGUGGAGAAACAAAGGAGCUUCGCCUCCAGAGCUCGGGGAUUUCGUAAUCACACCACCUCAGGCUCUAGUUGAAGGAUCUCUCCAUUGGGUGGGUGUUGUUGGGACAGGAGGGUUUAGUUAUAUCUUUGCUAUUAUCUCCUUCGAGCUUGCAGAUGAGGUGUUUGAAGAAAUUCCGCACCCUCCUUGUCAACAACUUGUGUCACGUGGCUUCAGUCUUUCCGUGCUCAAUGGGUGUCUAUCGGCAGCUGGGUUGGUUGAUACUUUUGAUAUCUGGGUGAUGAAGCAAUACCGUGUCAAGGAAUCUUGGGUAAAACAGUUCUCCUUUGAUCCCUGUUUUCCUGGUGGAUGGUCAAGCUUCUUAAGUAGAUCUCCCAAAGUUAUAUGUGCACUGAAGAAUGGUGAGAUUAUUUUGCAGGAUAAUGACAGUUCUCUGGUUUCUUAUGAUCCUGUAGAAAACAGAUUCAAGACUCUUCAAAUGAGUGGGUUGCCCGAGCAUUUCCUGGCAAUUCCUUUUCUACCUUCUCUUUUCUCAGCGAAGGCAUCCAUGAAUUUGCAACUUUAACUCUCUCUCUUGAAUCAACUCUUUUUCUGUAAGAAUCUACUACUAGUUUUUAGUUUGUGUUGAAUCAUUGAUCAUCAAUGCAUCAGUUAACAGUUGUGUUAUUUACAUCAUCAUGGAUUACUCUGUUGUAUGGCAAUGAGACCCACCUGACUAUUAUCUGGCCUUUUCAGUUCUGAAGAACGGGGAGAUUGUGUUGGAGUGUAACAAGUGUCAUAAUGCUCCUCUUGGAAUGGUGAUCGAAGAUUUUGCUUCGAGCUGGGUGGGAAGAUUCAUGAGAGUUUUAUGUGUCCUGAAGAACACGAAGAUUGUGUUGGAGUGUAACAAGAAAGAUCUGGUUUCUUAUGAUCCUAAAACUAACAGGUUCGAGGCUCUAAAGAUCAACCGGCUCCCGUAGCAGUUCCAAGCUUUUGCUUUCCAGCAUACUCUGUUCUCAGUAAAGGAAAACCUUUGAA